AGGACCACACUGGCACGCUUCCCCCGUUCUCUUUGUGGCUGUGCUGGUGUGCUGUGAGGACUUCUCCUCUUUUUCCUGCACGCCCUGACGGAUUGCCCCUGUAAACUCUCCUGCGCCUUGUCAGAGAGAGAGAGAGAGAGAGAGAGAGAGAGAGCGCGCUUCCCGCUGGUGUCUGCUGGAAGGGGGGCGGGAGGGGGGUCUGUUUUUGAAUGGGAGGAGGGAACGCAGAACAAUCGGUGAGCAGCAUGCGGCCGUGCUGAGAUCACACCGAGCGAGCCGCCGCGGGAGAGAGGCUUAGCCGGGCAGCCCCCGUCCUUCCCUGAGGGUCCCCUGCUGUUGCUCCUUUUGUCCUGAGCUGGAUCUUCUCUUGGUGGGGGGAACCUGAGAACCCCACGUUGAACCUUCGCACCCCCCCCCCUUCCCACACCUCCUCUCCUGUUCCCCUCUGCCUCUCUCUCACUCCUGCUGUUUUUUUCGGGUGGGCUGCAGACCUGAGCCUAUCGGGUCAGGACCAUGGAGCUGCAGCGGGCGUCCAGCAUGCCCGGCCCGCUCUCACCCGGGCCCGGUCCCGCUCACAGCCCCAGCCCCAGCCCGGUACCGGGCUACAGCGCUCAGGCCGCUUUCAACUACAACCAAAUGGAAGGCCGUUUCAAACAGCUGCAAGAUGAGCGUGAGGCCGUACAGAAGAAGACCUUCACCAAAUGGGUGAACUCCCACCUGGCCCGAGUGUCCUGCAGGAUCACAGACCUGUACAUGGACCUGCGUGAUGGACGCAUGCUCAUCAAGCUGCUGGAGGUGCUGUCUGGCGAGAGAUUGCCCAAGCCCACCAAGGGCCGCAUGCGCAUCCACUGCCUGGAGAACGUGGACAAGGCCCUGCAGUUCCUCAAGGAGCAGCGCGUCCACCUGGAGAACAUGGGCUCCCACGACAUCGUCGACGGAAACCACCGCCUCACCCUGGGCCUCAUCUGGACCAUCAUCCUCCGCUUCCAGAUCCAGGACAUCAGUGUGGAGACGGAGGAUAACAAGGAGAAGAAGUCUGCCAAGGAUGCUCUGCUGCUGUGGUGUCAGAUGAAGACUGCAGGGUAUCCCAAUGUCAACAUUCACAACUUCACCACCAGCUGGCGUGAUGGCAUGGCCUUCAACGCCCUCAUCCAUAAACACAGACCCGACCUGAUCGACUUUGACAAGCUGAAGAAGUCCAACGCCCACUACAACCUGCAGAAUGCCUUCAACCUGGCUGAGCAGCACCUGGGCCUGACCAAACUCCUGGACCCCGAGGAUAUCAGCGUGGACCACCCUGAUGAGAAGUCCAUCAUCACCUAUGUGGUGACCUACUACCACUACUUCUCCAAGAUGAAGGCGCUGAAGGUGGAGGGCAAGCGCAUUGGGAAGGUACUGGACAAUGCCAUUGAGACUGAGAACAUGAUCGAGAAGUACGAGUCUCUGGCGUCCGACCUGCUGGAGUGGAUCGAGCAGACCAUCAUCAUCCUCAACAACCGCAAGUUCGCCAACUCGCUGGUCGGAGUCCAGCAGCAGCUGCAGGCGUUCAACACCUACCGCACGGUGGAAAAGCCGCCCAAGUUUACUGAGAAGGGCAACCUGGAGGUGCUGCUCUUCACCAUCCAGAGCAAGAUGAGGGCCAACAAUCAGAAGGUCUACAUGCCCAGAGAAGGAAAGCUCAUCUCUGACAUCAACAAGGCCUGGGAGAGGCUGGAGAAGGCGGAGCAUGAACGUGAGCUGGCCCUGAGGACCGAGCUGAUUCGCCAGGAGAAGCUGGAGCAGCUGGCCCGUCGGUUCGACCGCAAGGCCGCCAUGAGGGAGACCUGGCUGAGUGAGAACCAGCGCCUAGUCUCUCAGGACAACUUCGGCUUUGACCUGCAAGCAGUGGAGGCUGCCACCAAGAAGCACGAGGCCAUCGAGACGGACAUCGCGGCGUAUGAGGAGCGCGUGCAGGCGGUGAUGGCGGUGGCCCGCGAGCUGGAGGCGGAGAACUACCACGACAUCAAGCGCAUCACGGCCCGCAAGGACAACGUGAUGCGGCUGUGGGAAUACCUGCUGGAGCUGCUGCGAGCCCGCCGCCAGCGCCUCGACAUGAACCUGGGCCUGCAGAGGGUCUUCCAGGAGAUGCUGCACAUCAUGGACUGGAUGGACGAGAUGAAGAUGCUGCUGCUGUCCCAGGACUACGGGAAGCACCUGCUGGGUGUGGAGGACCUGCUGCAGAAACACGCCCUGGUGGAGGCCGACAUCGCCAUCCAGGCAGACCGCGUCAAGGCCGUCAAUGCCAACGCCCAGAAGUUCGCCAUCGACACCGACGGCUACAAGCCGUGCGACCCUCAGGUGAUCCGGGACCGGGUGGCGCACAUGGAGUACUGCUACCAGGAGCUGUGCCAGCUGGCGGCGGAGCGGCGGGCACGGCUGGAGGAGUCGCGCCGCCUCUGGAAGUUCUUCUGGGAGAUGGCGGAGGAGGAGGGCUGGAUCCGCGAGAAGGAGCAGAUCCUGUCCCUGGACGACUGCGGUAAGGACCUGACGGGCGUCCUGCGGCUGCUCAGCCAGCACAAGGCCUUCGAGGACGAGAUGAGCGGCCGGGCGGGGCCCCUGCAGCAGGCGCUGCGCGAGGGCCAGGAGAUGGUGGCCGCCGCCCACUUCGGCGCCGACAAGAUUGGCGAGCGCGUGCGCGACGUCCAGGAGCAGUGGGCGGCGCUGGAGCAGCUGUCGGCCGUGCGCAAGGCCCGCCUGCGGGAGGCCUGCAACCUGCACCAGUUCCAGGCCGACGCCGACGACGUGGACGCCUGGAUGCUGGACGUGCUGCGCAUCGUGUCCAGCUCCGACGUGGGCCACGACGAGUUCUCCACCCAGGCGCUGGUCAAGAAGCACAAGGACGUGGCGGAGGAGAUCGCCAGCUACCGGCCGGUGAUCGACGCGCUGCACGAGCAGGCCCGCGCGCUGCCCGGGGAGCACGCUGCCUCCGCCGAGGUGCAGGGCCGCCUGGCGGGCAUCGAGGAGCGCUACGGCGAGGUGGCCGAGCUGACGAGGCUACGCAAGCAGGCCCUGCAGGACGCCCUGGCCCUCUACAAGAUGUCCAGCGAGGCCGAUGCCUGCGAGCUGUGGAUCGACGAGAAGGAGCAGUGGCUCAACGCCAUGGAGAUCCCCGAGAAGCUGGAGGACCUGGAGGUCAUUCAGCACAGGUUUGAAAGCCUAGAACCAGAGAUGAACAACCAGGCGUCACGCGUGGCUGUGGUCAACCAGAUUGCCAGGCAGCUGAUCCACAGUGGACACCCCAGUGAGAAGGACAUCAAAGCCCAACAAGACAAACUCAACACCAGGUGGAGCCAGUUCCGUGACCUGGUGGACCUGAAGAAGGACUCCCUGAACUCAGCCCUGGGCGUGCAGAACUACCACCUGGAGUGCAACGAGACCAAGUCCUGGAUCCGCGAGAAGACCAAGGUGAUUGAGUCAACGCAGGAGCUGGGCAACGACCUGGCGGGCGUGAUGGCGCUGCAGCGGAAACUGACGGGCAUGGAGCGCGACCUGGCCGCCAUCGAGGACAAGCUGGGCGACCUGCAGAAGGAGGCGGAGCGCCUGGGGGCGGAGCACCCCGACCAGGCCCAGGCCAUCACGGGCCGGCUGGCGGAGAUCACCGCCGUGUGGGAGGAGAUGAAGGCCACCCUGCGCAACCGCGAGGAGUCGCUGGGCGAGGCCAGCAAGCUGCAGCAGUUCCUGCGUGACCUCGACGACUUCCAGUCCUGGCUGUCCCGCACGCAGACCGCCAUCGCCUCUGAGGACAUGCCCAACACGCUGGCCGAGGCCGAGAAGCUGCUGGCCCAGCACGAGGGCAUCAAGAACGAGAUCGACAACUACGAGGAGGACUACCAGAAGAUGCGCGACAUGGGCGAGAUGGUGACCCAGGGCCAGACGGACGCCCAGUACAUGUUCCUGCGCCAGAGGCUGCAGGCCCUGGACACCGGCUGGAACGAGCUACACAAGAUGUGGGAGAACCGGCAGAAUCUGCUGUCCCAGUCCCACGCCUACCAGCUCUUCCUGAGGGACACCAAGCAGGCAGAGGCCUUCCUCAACAACCAGGAAUACGUGUUGGCCCACACCGAGAUGCCCACCACGCUGGAGGCUGCGGAGGCCGCCAUCAAGAGGCAGGAGGACUUCAUGACCACCAUGGACGCCAACGACGAGAAGAUCGGCGCCGUGGUGGAGACGGGCCGGCGUCUGGUGAGCGACGGAAACAUCAACGCCGACCGGAUCCAGGAGAAAGUCGACUCCAUCGACGACAGGCACAAGAAGAACCGAGAGGCGGCCAGCGAGCUUCUGAUGAGGCUGAAGGACAACCGCGACUUGCAGAAGUUCCUGCAGGACUGCCAGGAGCUGUCCCUCUGGAUCAACGAGAAGAUGCUCACUGCGCAGGACAUGUCCUACGACGAGGCUCGCAACCUGCACAGCAAGUGGCUCAAGCACCAGGCCUUCAUGGCCGAGCUGCAGUCCAACAAGGAGUGGCUGGACAAGAUCGAGAAGGAUGGGAUGCAACUGGUUGCAGAGAAGCCGGAGACGGAGGAGGUGGUGAAGGAGAAGCUGUCCGCCCUGCAUAAGAUGUGGGAUGAGCUGGAGUCCACCACUCAGACCAAAGCGCAGUGCCUGUUCGACGCCAACAAGGCGGAGCUCUUCACCCAGAGCUGCGCCGACCUGGACAAGUGGCUGCUGGGCCUGGAGGGCCAGAUCCAGUCGGACGACUACGGCAAGGACCUGACCAGCGUCAACAUCCUGCUGAAGAAGCAGCAGAUGCUGGAGAAUCAGGUGGAGGUGAGGAAGAAGGAGGUGGAGGAGCUCCAGAGCCAGGCUCAGGUACUCAGCCAGGAGGGCAAGGACAAGGACGAGGUGGACGGGCGGAGGCGCGUGGUGGAGAAGAAGUUCCAGGAGCUGCUGGAGCCCCUGCACAAGAGGAAGACCAACCUCAUGGCCUCCCGCGAGAUCCACCAGUUCAACCGCGACGUGGAGGACGAGAUCCUCUGGGUUGAAGAGAGAAUGCCGCUUGCAACAUCCACAGACCACGGCCACAACUUACAGACUGUGCAGCUACUCAUCAAGAAAAACCAGACCCUUCAGAAGGAGAUCCAGGGCCACCAGCCGCGCUGCGACGACAUCUUCGAGCGGAGCCAGCACAUCCUGAAGGAGGACAGCCCGAACGUGGACGCGAUCCGCGAGCGCCUGGCCGACCUGCAGCGGCUCUGGAGCCUGAUGAUCGAGGAGACGGAGAAGCGGCACGGCCGCCUGGAGGAGGCCCACAAGGCCCAGCAGUACUACUUCGACGCCGCCGAGGCCGAGGCCUGGAUGAGCGAGCAGGAGCUCUACAUGAUGUCGGAGGAGAAGGCCAAGGACGAGCAGAGCGCAGUGGCCAUGCUGAAGAAACACCAGAUCCUGGAGCAAGCGGUGGAGGACUACGCCGAGACCGUCCACCAGCUCUCCCAGACCAGCAGGGCCCUGGUGGCUGCGGGACAUCCAGAGAGUGAGAGGAUAAGCAUGCGCCAGUCCCAGGUGGACAAACUGUACGCGGGACUGAAGGACCUAUCAGAGGAGAGGAGGGGGAAGCUGGAUGAGAGGUUCCGCCUCUUCCAGCUCAACCGUGAGGUGGACGACCUGGAGCAGUGGAUCGCCGAGAGAGAGGUGGUGGCCGGCUCCCACGAGCUGGGCCAGGACUACGAGCAUGUCACGAUGUUACAGGAGCGUUUCCGUGAAUUCGCCCGCGACACGGGCAACAUCGGCCAGGAGCGCGUGGACGCCGUCAACCAGAUGGCGGACGAGCUGAUCAACUCGGGCCACUCAGACGCGGCCACCAUCGCCGAGUGGAAGGAUGGGCUGAACGAGGCGUGGGCCGACCUGCUGGAGCUGAUCGACACCCGCACGCAGAUCCUGGCUGCCUCCUACGAGCUGCACAAGUUCUACCACGACGCCAAGGAGGUGCUGGGCCGCAUCCUGGACAAGCACAAGAAGCUGCCCGAGGAGCUGGGCCGCGACCAGAACACGGUGGAGACGCUGCAGAGGAUGCACACCACCUUCGAGCACGACAUCCAGGCCCUGGGGACGCAGGUGAGGCAGCUGCAGGAAGACGCCGUCCGCCUGCAGUCGGCCUACGCCGGCGACAAAGCCGACGACAUCCAGAAGCGGGAGAACGAGGUGCUGGAGGCGUGGAAGUCCCUGCUGGAGGCCUGUGAGGGCCGGCGUGUGCGGCUGCUGGACACGGGAGACAAGUUCCGCUUCUUCAGCAUGGUGCGUGACCUCAUGCUCUGGAUGGAGGACGUCAUCCGCCUCAUCGAGGCCCAGGAGAAGCCCAGGGACGUGUCGUCCGUGGAGCUCCUGAUGAACAACCACCAGGGCAUCAAGGCGGAGAUCGAUGCCCGCAACGACAGCUUCACCACCUGCAUCGAGCUGGGCAAGUCUCUCCUGGCACGGAAACAUUACGCUUCGGAGGAGAUCAAAGAGAAAUUACUGCAGCUGACAGACAAGAGGAAAGACAUGAUUGACAAGUGGGAGGACAGAUGGGAGUGGCUGAGACUGGUUUUGGAGGUGCAUCAGUUUUCGCGGGAUGCGGGCGUGGCAGAGGCGUGGCUGCUGGGACAGGAGCCGUACCUGUCCAGCCGGGAGAUGGGCCAGAGCGUGGACGAGGUGGAGAAGCUGAUCAAGAGGCACGAGGCCUUCGAGAAGUCAGCCGCUACAUGGGAGGAGCGCUUCUCUGCGCUGGAGCGGCUGACCACGUUGGAGUUGCUGGAAGUGAGAAGAAGGCAGGAGGAGGAGGAGAGGAGGAGACAGCCCCCGCCACCAGAGCCACUCCCCCAAGCAGAGUCGGCCUCACCAGUGCAGCGGGAGGGUGAGCAGGUGUCCCAGAACGGGCUGCCCUCGGACCAGGAAUCCCCACGGGACGGUGUGGACGGGGCUGAGAUCGUUAACGGCGUGGCGGAGCGGAGCUCCAAGGAGCCCAGCCCCAUUCCGUCACCUACCGCCGAGCGUAAGGGCAAGCAGGCCUCCACGCUCCCCACCAAAGCCCAGGACACGCCCUCCGCCCAGAUCGAGGGGUUCCUGCAUCGCAAGCACGAGUGGGAGGGGCAUAACAAGAAGGCUUCCAACAGAUCCUGGCAUAACGUGUACUGUGUGAUCAACAAUCACGAAAUGGGCUUCUACAAAGACAACAAGAACGCAAGCCAAGGCAUUCCGUACCACAGUGAGAUUCCCAUCAGUCUGAAAGAUGCCGUCUGUGAGGUCGCCGUAGACUACAAAAAGAAGAAGCAUGUGUUCAAACUCAGAAUUUCCGAUGGGAAUGAGUAUCUCUUCCAAGCCAAAGAUGAUGAGGAGAUGAUGAUGUGGAUCCAGGACAUCACUGGCGCUGCGACCUCUGACAAGUCUGAGGUAACUCCCAGCAGCCAGAGCACCCCAGCCUCCAGCCGGGCCCAGACCCUCCCUACCAGCGUCACCCUGACCACCGAGUCCAGCCCCGGCAAACGAGAGAAGGAGAAGGAGAAGGACAAGGAGAAGCGCUUCAGCCUCUUCAGCAAGAAGAAGUAGAGGGCGCCCCCUGCUGGUGGCCAUUUCCCCUCCACCUCCAGUGAAUUUCCAGCAUGCAAGCUCAGAACCAAUACACCACACUCUGUGCCUAAUGUUACUCCAAUUGGUUUUAGAAGUAAAUUAGGGCUUUUUGAAAAACUAAAGCUGAUAAAAAAAAUAUAUACAAAAAAUAACAUUAUUUAAAGCUAUAAGGGUGUGAGAUGCGUUGGGUUGCUUCCAUCUUAUUAAAUAUGAAGACAAAAAAUUCAGAGACAGGACCAGAGGUAGGUUUUUUUUUGUUGUUUUUGUAACCUGUUUC